AUGGGCUUCCACACGUGCACUCAAGACACGAAUCUAUUCACUCUACGGCAUCCUCGUGGCCUGGUUAUAAUCCUUAUCUAUGUUGAUGAUAUUUUGAUUACCGGCAGUUCAUCUGAUCUUAUCUCCAUUAUCACGAAGGCCAUGCAUCAAAAUUUUCAGCUGAAAGAUCUUGGCCCUCUACAUUACUUCCUUGGCAUUGAAGUACUCCGUACCUCCUCUAGUCUCCUACUUCAUCAGUCAAAAUACACUGAGGAGGUUCUCACUCGGGCAGGAAUGGCUGAAUCUAAAACUGCACCUACUCCCAUGGCUGUCCGUCCACCGUCCACCUCAAACAGCCGUCUAUUCGACAAUCCGACCCUCUAUCGAAGCAUCGUGGGUGGCCUUCAUUAUCUGGCUGUUACUCGUCCAGAAAUUCAAUAUGCUGUUAAUCGUGUCUCUCAAUCCAUGCAUGCUCCAACUGAACAAAACUUCCAGGCAUUAAAAUGGAUUCUUCGUUAUCUAAAGGGUAGCUCACGUCGUGGACUUCUUUUCCAAAAAGGAAGUCUGGAGCUCUCCAUCUACUCCGACUCAGACUGGGAUAACGACAAGGAUGAUCAUCGCUCCACUACCGGGUAUCUACUGUUUCUUGGACCAAAUUUAAUCUCUUGGUGCACCAAAAAGCAAACGCGGGUGUCUCGUUCUUCCACCGAAGCUGAAUACAGAGCUAUGGCGGCUGGAGUUGCCGAAGCUAUGUGGCAUCAUCAUAUUACGGCUGCUCUUGGUCUUCCUCCUUUUCGACCAAAGAUUUACUGUGACAACGAGUCCACCAUUUGCGUUACAAAAAAUCCAGUCCUUCACGAUCGUUUGAAGCAUGUUGGUUCUGAUUGCCACUUCGUUCGUGAACAGGUCACGGCUGGUACUAUGAGCACACAUCAUGUUCCGUCUUCCGAACAACUUGCAGACAUCCUUACAAAACCUCUUCCACCGGCUGCGUUUCAUUACCUCUCUACCAAGCUUCCCCUCGUACCCGUGGAUCAGCUUGCGGGGGGAUAA